UCCGUCUUUAAAAGACAAAACCAUGGAACUUAUCAAGAAGCGUCUUCAGGAGAAUGGCAUCACUUCGGUGCGUUUUGAGCAAUCCGAUAUGUACGGGAUCCCACACUGCAGAGCUAUUCCAACAAGGCAUUUUGAAAAGAUGGCAACUAGAGGAAUAAACAUUUACAUGGGUUACAUGGCUACUGAUCCCAGGGGGCGUGUCUUCCCGAAUAGUGGAUAUGGCGAGGAAAUUCACCACGCUGAUUGUCUGGCUUUUCCAGAUCUGGAUACCUUUCAGAUAUUGCCUUGGUGUACGAAGACAGCAAGGGUCUUGAUCGAAGGUGUCCAUGAAGGGGAGAAGGUACCUGUCUAUCCAAGGGUUGUAGCCAGGAAGCAGUUAGAAAGGUUGGAGAAACACGGGCUGUCGCUUUGGUCGGCUCACGAACACAAGUUCUUUGUAGUCAAAGAAGGCACUAUGGAACCUUUACACGGAUAUACAAAUUGCGCAGCAGUCAUUCCUAUGGCAGCUUACGAACCAUUCUUCCAGCAGAUACUCAAUGACCUGCCUCUGGCUGGUGUCGAUAUUGAGUGCUACGGGGUUGAAGCUGCUAUGGGACAGCUGGAAAUCACCUACCGCCCGGAGUUCGGGAUCAAGGCUGCAGACACUGCUCACACCUACAAGAUUGGUAUCAAAGAGAUUGCUCAGAAGCAAGGAUUGGUGGCAUCAUUUAUGACGAAGCCUUUUCCGGAAAGAUCUAGCUGUUCGGCUCACUACUGUCAUUCCCUAUGGGACGUAGCUGGGAAGGUGUCAAUGCUUUACGAUGCUGGAAGCCCGACUAGAUUAUCGGAGGUUGGCCAACACUGGGUAGCAGGACUCAUUGCUCACGCCAGAGCAAUAGCUGUGUUGAUGGCACCAACGACCAAUUGCCUCAAGGGAUUCAAACGCUAUUCCUGGGCCCCCUGGAACGCCACGUGGGGCCCUGACAACAGAACCUGCGCCUUUCGCGUUAAAACGAAUGGUGGGAGUGGCACAUACAUCGAAAACCGGCUGGGAGCAAGUGGUUGUAGUCCUUACAUUAGCAUGGCUGCAACAAUUGCGGCUGGAUUAGAUGGAGUCAUCAAUAAACUUCCACUUCCAGAAGGGAUUGACGGACCAGGUGAUGCAUACAAGGAUGAACAUAUUCCACCCGGGACACAGAAACUCCCAGACAACAUGGAAGAAGCAAUUGAAGCCUUGCUGGCCGAUGCUGCGAUAACAGAUGCCCUUGGACCAGAAUUCAUCAAGUGUUUUGUUGCUUCUAAAAGGCACGAUAUGAAACUUGAAAAGGAAGCAAUAUCAAAGGGAACUGUUGAGGAAUGGGAAAGGGAUUAUUUCUUUCACAUCAUGUAAGAGAAAAGGGAUUGGUACGCCUGUCAUGCCCGUUGAUUCAAGUUUUUAUAGUCUUUGACACCAUACUUUACCCCUGGGAGCCAAUAAAAUUUGAUCAUUGAUUUGUGUUAGGACCCGAAAAGUGUCAAGUGCUCUUUGGUCGGGAUCGAGUUGCCCGAGGGCACCCUUUGAAAUGUUCUUUGGUUGGAAUAAAUUUACCACCAACUAAUCCAUUGAACGAGAUAAUUUAAGACAUCUAGGUAUUACCCCCCCCCCAACAAAAAGUGUAAACAGGCUAUAAGUGAUCGGAAAGGGGAAGACGACGCCCCUUCAAUGCGCCACUACGGUAGGAUUUAAGUGAAAAACAUUAUGGCAUCAACGUUUCAUCAUAUUAUUGCCCCUUCUGCCCUUAUCAAAACCUUUCUGAUGUCACCUUCUCUAAAAUAGACCCCGUCCCAAAACGGUAAGAUCCCUCAGAAAGGCGACAUAAUAGAUAAUGUUUAUCCUCUAUAGCUUUCGUUCUGACAAAAUCCUGUACCUAUAGGAAUAUUAGUUAAGUCGAACCCAUAAUUUAUAACUUCAUUUAAAGAAUGAUAUUGGUAAAAAAUAAUGUAAAUUAAUGAAUGCAUUUAAUAUUUUCUCUU